AUGGUUAUUAAUCGCAUUUCUCUCAUUCUUUUAUUCAUUUAUUCACUCAAUCCCUCUUCCAUCCAUCACGUGAUCACAUCAAAUCACUCACUCAACCAAUCACGUGACACACCCAUCAGGUCAGGUGACAAGGUCGAGGAUGAUUGCGUCACGAAAGCCAGAGGUCUGCCGUGGCGAUCUACAGAGAUGGACGUCGCCAACUUUUUCUGCGGACUCAACAUCAAAAAAGGGGGCAUAGUCAUCUGCAUGAGUAGCGAAGCGCGAAAAAACGGCGAGGUGAUGGUUCACUUUGACACCCCAACCGACCGCAACCUGUCAAUAAAACGUCACAAACAUCAUCUGGGGGGCCGCUACAUAGAAGUCUACAAGUCUAGCGCAAGAGAUUUUUUAGGAGCAUUGUCCUCCAAUGGCAACAAAGUGGCACAAAGGAUGUUGAUUGAGAAGUACGAGCUCUUGAAUCCUGUUAUCAUUAGAAUGAGAGGACUUCCUUAUACCUGCAAACCUAUACAAGUGGUGGAGUUCUUCAAACAAGAGCCCAAUUCGUGUUCGAUACUGGAUGAGGAAGAUGGCGUUUUGUUCGUGUACCAUUCAGAGGGUAGGAACACCGGUGACGCCUUUGUGCUCUUGGCCAAUGAGGAGGAGGGUGCCAAAGCAUUAAAGAAACAUAAGCAGUGCAUUGGUGCCAGGUACAUUGAGCUCUUUAAGAGUACCACGGCUGAAGUACAGCAAGUUAGAUUUAGAUUAGUUUCGGAGAUUUUAAUAAAUUUUAAAAAUUAUCAUAUCCGAAAAAUAUGUCUUGAAUGUUAUUAUAUGAUGAUUCAAGUUGUUGUAGCUAUAAACAUUGAUUCAGUUAUGGACUGCCUGCACAUUGUCGGAACACCACCAGACGCCACCGUCAACGACAUUGUACAUUUCUUAGCCGAUCACGCCAAAGAUAUCAGACAUAAGGGUGUACACCUGGUCUACAACUGCGAUGGCACAGCGUCAGGGGAGGCCUUCAUAGAGAUGGUGGGUGAGAAACAAGCUGAAAGCUCGGCGACGAACAAGCACAAGAAGAUGAUGUUGGUAUCGAGCAGACGACACAUAGUCGGAGUUUUCGUCUGCUCUUUCGAUGACAUCGCUAUGCACUUGUGCUACGGUACGCUGUACAAUCAGCUAAAGAUCAACUACAUUAAUGACGGUUGUUGCACGUCCGAGAAAUGUACCGCAGGCGUUACUAACUGCAUCAAAAAUGUUAACGUUACUACUACUGCCGUCAGUAACACCACGAAUACUCAAGCUGAUUCUCCAACUUAUGAAAUCAACCCAAUCGUCCCCACCAACAACAAUAACAUCGGCAACAACGGUUUCAUUGCGUGCAACAACCUAGCCAACUAUGCCAACAGCAGCAGCUACAUCAGCAGCGGUAGUGGCUGUGGUGGCGGCGGCAGAUGUGAUGCUGGAAUGUAUUACGUGGACGGGGGAAGUGUGGUGAUGAUGUCAUGUGACUGGCCGAUGGUCAAUAAUCACGUGACCUGCAAUCCAGGUACGUUGUUGUUCACGUUACGGUAA